GAUGAUCGCCCAACGUCGGUGAGAAUCGAUGGAUCGGUGCGUGAGGGCCUGGAUGUGCUAGAGGCUCGUAUCAGAGAGUCUGGUACCAACUGGAAGAACUACAAGUGGUACCUGGAGCUGCGAAGUAAGGCACAUUGCCACACACCGGUUUCGAUCUCGGGUUGGAGCGGUUCAUCAGUUAU